AUUGCCCUGGUUUUGGGAACUUUAAACUGUUUAUCAGCGAUUGUGAUUAUAUUUCUGUGCACGCAGUUGUACAAGCAGCGACGAAAAGAUGGGACUCAGAAUAUUCAGACUGGUCACUUAAUGAUGAUUUAACCUGUUUGGAGUUGGUGUGACAAAAUGAUUCAACAUUUUUUUAUAAUACUGCUUUACCUUUUCAAGUGCAGAGCAGAUAAUUCAGACACUGUGUCUCAGAAUCAUCUGAAGAUUGUUCAAGCUGGAGACAGCGUUACCUUCACCUGUAUUUGUCCAAAAGAGACAAGAACCACUAUUGUUUGGGUCAAACAAAAAGCUGGAGAUAAACCCCUUUCAAUUGCUUCAUCAUAUCAAGCUUUAGAUAUUGUGUUUGAAAAUGGCUUUGACAAACAUAAUCGCUUUUUUGUAGCAAAAGACGAUAGCAGUUUUAAUCUGAGCAUCACAAAUGCAAAAGAAUCAGACACUGCAACAUACUAUUGUGUUAGAUUUAUAUAUCAGUUCAUAUUUGAGGAAGCCACUGAUCUGAUUGUUAAAGGCAGAGAACUGAACAUGCAGUCUGACCAUGAGAGAGCUGUGACAGAUCCAGUGCAUCCAGAAGACUCUGCAGUGGCGCUGCAGUGCACUGUCCUCACUCAGAGCUGUGCAGGAGAACACAACGUCUACUGGUUCAGACGUGAAUCUGGAGAAUCUCCUCCAGGAAUUAUAUUCACUCAGGAGCGCAGGAACGCUCAAUGUGAGAGGAGCUCUGAUGUGAACUCUACUGCACACAAAUGUAUGUACAACCUGCCCAAGAGGAACCUCAGUCUCUCUGAUGCUGGGAUUUACUACUGCGCUGUGGCUGCAUGUGGAGAGAUACUGUUUGGGGAUGCAAGAAAACCUGAUUUGCCAAGGCUAGAAACACCAUGGAGCACAAUUGCCGUAGUUUUAGCAUCUUCAAACUGUUUAUCUGUGAUUGUCAUCAUAAUUCUGGGUGCACAGUUGCACAAGAACCAGCAGAAAGACAGAAUCCCCCACAUUGUGCUUGAUAAAUCAAUGGUAAGCCCUCCUUUAACUUUUGCUUUCAGACUCAGCUUAAUGUUGUGCCAAUAUACAUAAAACAUGGAAAUGCUUAAUGACUACAUUACAUUUUAAUUACUUAAAUUUUUCCAAUUUAUAUUCCAAUUAGUCAGUAUGUCCAUAAUCAAAAUAUUCAAACAAUGUAGCAUUGUAACUGUGGUUCUGUUUCAGGCUGAUGUCACCACUACUGUCAAUUAUACAAUGUUUUACAAGCGUCUUUAACAUUUAGAAGGAUCUUGGAAUAAAACUGGUAUAUGACAAGUGAGACAAGAGAAAUUUGACUUUCACCUCAUCUGUAUGGGGAUUAAAAUGUAUGCUCUGUGUUAACUCCUAUAUUCUAAAUGUCCAUGGUGGUACUUACAGCCUUAUUUUGAUUUUUAGUCAGUUCAUAUAUAACUCUUUUAUUUACUUAGCCAUUAACUGUGAAAAAAUCUUCCUAGGCAGUAGAGAUGUAAAAGAGCAUAACUGAAUCCAAAGUUUUUGUAACAUGACUUCAAUUGGUCAGAUUUUAAAUGACACAGAUGUUUCUUUUGCUGCCCUUGAUAUCUCACAAUCCAGCGCCUGGCAUUUCUAACAACUGGAAUGGUUGAAAUAAUAAAAUUUGUGAGUCCAUUUCUUCCAAGCAAAUUGGUUUUUUUUUCUGGAAUGCAAAAAUAAAUAAAUGAAUAAAUAAUCCUAACACAUCCCUUAGUUUGUAUAAAAAAUAAGACAUGAAUUUACAUGUACAUGUACAAUGGAAGCCUGACUGUGAAAAUCAGCAUCAAGUCAAAUGUUGCUGAGAGAGCUUAAGUUGUGCUGUAUAAAACCUAAAACAUUUUUAAUAAUGUUUUCUAAUACUGGAAGGCUUUGUUAUUUUCCCAUUUUAUAUUGAUCAUGAUCAUGAUUAUAUGCAAGUUAUA